CACCCCCAUAACCCGCCUUGGAGACUCCGCCCCGCCGCGGUCUUUACGUCCUUCCGGCUCCGUCUUGGAAGUGGGGUUGCGCCGCGUCUUUCAGGAGCGAAAGGUGCUCACAGGGUCGACCGAGGUGCCGGAUGUGAAGACGAGCGGGAGCGUGGAGACUCGGAGCCCAAGAGGCUCCACUUUCCGUCUUUGCGGCCUUUUCUUCCUCUCCGCGCCGCGUGUGUGCCCUGAGCCGGUCUGCAUUUGUCUCCUGCUCUCAAAGGUCGGUUCGUUAUCUACCCGAAGUUUCGCUGUCUGGGCCUCCCCCCCCCCUCCGCGGCUGCUCUUAAAGUUUUUGCUUUCUUUUCAGCCACAAAAAGCUGCAUCCAAGCUUGUUUGACGCCUGCCCUGACAAGUGUCCAUGAUGUUGGGCCCUGAGGGAGGUGAAGGUUUUGUGGUCAAGCUCCGUGGCCUGCCCUGGUCCUGCUCUGUUGAGGAUGUGCAGAAUUUCCUCUCUGACUGCACAAUUCGUGAUGGGGCCGCAGGUGUUCAUUUUAUCUACACUAGAGAAGGCAGGCAGAGUGGUGAGGCUUUUGUUGAACUUGAAUCAGAAGAUGAUGUAAAAAUGGCCCUUAAAAAAGACAGGGAAAGCAUGGGACACCGGUACAUUGAGGUGUUCAAGUCCCACAGAACCGAGAUGGAUUGGGUGUUGAAGCACAGUGGUCCAAAUAGUGCAGACACUGCCAAUGAUGGUUUCGUGCGGCUUCGAGGACUCCCAUUUGGAUGCACCAAGGAAGAAAUCGUUCAGUUCUUCUCAGGGUUGGAAAUCGUGCCAAAUGGGAUCACACUGCCUGUGGACCCCGAGGGCAAGAUUACAGGGGAAGCCUUUGUGCAGUUUGCCUCACAGGAGUUAGCUGAGAAGGCGCUAGGGAAGCACAAGGAGAGAAUAGGGCACAGGUAUAUUGAGGUGUUCAAGAGCAGUCAGGAAGAGGUUAGGUCAUACUCAGAUCCCCCUCUGAAGUUUAUGUCCGUGCAGCGACCAGGGCCCUAUGACCGCCCCGGCACAGCCCGGAGGUAUAUCGGCAUUGUCAAGCAAGCAGGCCUGGAGAGGAUGAGGUCUGGUGCCUACAGUGCAGGCUAUGGGGGCUAUGAGGAGUACAGUGGCCUCAGUGAUGGUUACGGCUUCACCACCGACCUAUUUGGAAGAGACCUCAGUUAUUGUCUCUCUGGGAUGUAUGACCACAGGUAUGGAGAUGGCGAGUUUACUGUCCAGAGCACCACUGGACACUGUGUCCACAUGAGGGGGCUGCCAUACAAAGCCACUGAGAACGACAUUUACAACUUCUUCUCUCCACUCAACCCCGUGAGAGUCCAUAUUGAGAUUGGCCCUGAUGGAAGAGUGACGGGCGAAGCUGAUGUUGAGUUUGCCACCCACGAUGAAGCUGUGGCAGCCAUGUCCAAAGACAGGGCCAACAUGCAACACAGAUACAUAGAACUUUUCUUGAAUUCCACAACAGGGGCCAGCAAUGGGGCAUAUAGCAGCCAGAUGAUGCAAGGCAUGGGGGUGUCAACCCAGUCCACAUACAGUGGCCUUGAGAGCCAGUCCGUGAGUGGCUGUUACGGGGCUGGCUACGGUGGCCAGAACAGCAUGGGUGGAUAUGACUAGUUUUGUAGUAGCUUUUGAGUUAUUUCAAUCAAAUUUUCACAGGCAGCCAACAAGCAAUGAAAAGCAGUUAUUACUCUAGAGGAAGCUGUGGGACCCAUUUUGCACCAUGAGUUUGUGAAAUCUGGAUUAAAAAAAAUUACCUCUUCA